GUCACAGCCCCAGACAUGGGCUCUGCCGCGCUUGCACCCGCAAAGCUUCUCAGCUGGUUGCUGUUGCUGUUGAGUCUGGUGUGCUGUUCUGCUGCUGCUUAUGUGGAGGAGCCCAACCCGAGCAAGGGUUUCUUGCCUCGCUAUGAACCUGAUCACGGGGGUGCUGUUGGCUCUUCACAAGAUACGAGGCUACAUGUUUUCACAGUGGACUAUGACUAUGUGCAGAUUCCCUAUGAAGUCACUCUUUGGAUCCUCCUUGCCUCUCUUGCAAAAAUAGGUUUCCAUAUCUAUCACCGAUUACCAAGACUGAUGCCUGAAAGCUGCAUCCUGAUUGCCAUUGGAGCAGCAGUAGGAGCGAUCAUCUUUGCUUCUGACCACAAAUCUCCACCAGUGAUGAACACAAGUAUCUACUUCUUAUAUCUUCUUCCACCCAUUGUCCUGGAGGAAGGUUAUUUCAUGCCGACUCGCCCAUUUUUUGAAAAUUUGGGGUCCAUCCUAUGGUGGUCUGUGCUGGGAGCUCUGCUCAACUCAUUUGGGAUUGGCCUCUCCCUCUACGGAGUCUGCCAGAUCGAAGCCUUUGGCCUGACUGACCUGAACCUGCUGCAGAACCUGCUCUUUGGCAGCAUGAUUUCAGCUGUGGAUCCUGUGGCAGCUCUGGUAGUUUUUGAAGAAGCCUCUGUUAAUGAGCAGCUUUACAUGAUGAUCUUUGGAGAGUCAUUGCUAAAUGAUGGCAUAACUGUGGUUUUAUAUAACAUCUUCAUCGCCUUCACCCAGAUGCACAGGUACGAAGAAAUCGAAUCGAUUGAUGUCUUUGCUGGCUUCGCUCGCUUCUUCGUGGUGGGGCUGGGUGGCGUGUUGUUUGGCAUCGUCUUUGGAUUCGUUUCAGCCCUCAUGACUCGAUUCACCCACAACGUUUCUGCUAUCGAACCCCUGCUGGUCUUCAUGUUCAGCUACCUGUCAUACUUGUCCGCUGAAACCCUUUACAUCUCGGGCAUUUUGGCGAUGACGGCAUGUGCAGUGACGAUGAAAAAAUACGUGGAGGAGAAUGUUUCCCAGAAUUCCUAUACCACAAUAAAAUAUUUCAUGAAGAUGCUGAGCAGUGUCAGUGAGACCCUGAUUUUCAUGUUCAUGGGAGUGUCUACAGUGGGGAAAAACCACGAGUGGAACUGGGCCUUCAUUUGCUUCACUCUGUUCUUCUGCCUCAUUUGGCGGACACUGAGUGUAUUUGCUCUCUUCUACAUCAGUAACAAGUUCCGAACAUACCCCUUCACCUUCAAAGAUCAACUCAUUAUUUCCUACAGUGGCCUUCGAGGAGCCAGCAGCUUCUCUCUUGCAUUCUUGCUUCCAGUAAAUCUCUUCCCAAGAAAAAAAUUGUUCAUUACUGCUACCCUUGUAGUUAUAUAUUUCACCGUGUUCAUCCAAGGAAUCACAAUUGGACCAUUGGUCAGAUAUCUAGAUGUUAAAAAGACCAACAAAAAGGAGUCCAUCAAUGAAGAAAUUCAUGUCCGAUUGAUGGAUCACUUGAAGGCUGGUAUUGAAGACAUAUGUGGACAUUGGAGUCAUUAUCAGCUGAGAGAUAAAUUUAAGAAGUUUGACAAUAAGUAUUUGAAGAAAUUCUUAAUUCGUGAACACCAGCCCAAAUCCAGCAUUGUGUCAUUGUACAAAAAGAUGGAGAUAAAACUGGCCAUUGAGAUGGCUGAGAGCGGCAUGAAAAUUUCACAAUCAUCCACAGCUUCUUUACAGAGGCGUAGAAAUCGGCGUGUGCAUCAGCUCUCCCCCGCAGAGGUGGAGUCCAUGAGAGAUGUCCUGGCACAUAAUCUAUAUCAAGUGCGGCAAAGGGCACCGACAUACAGCCGACACAACCUGCCUAGCAACACAAAUGAGAAACAAGCCCAAGAAAUCCUCAUCCGCCGGCAGCACAGCCUGCGGCAGAGCUGCAGGAAGGGAAACAGCCUACCUUGGGGUAGACCGGCUAGCACCGUGGAAGUACGCUACCUCUCUUUGCCUCAGGGCCCCAGCCAGCCUAGACAAAAAGCCAGGCGUGUUACUUUUACAGAUCACCACAGUAGUGGCUCUGAUGCUGCAUUCCCAGUAAUGUUUAGACCCCAGCCCCGACUACGGCCACUCGAAGCAAAGCACCGCCAGCAAGAGCUGAUUCCAAUGACACGCUUGGAUAGACGAGCGGGCCCAUCCAAUCUGUCAGGUCGAAGAGGAAAUUCAAUCAGCCAGCAUCGUUUCACCAGAGCAGGCAAUCUAGCUCUAAUGCCAAAGUCUCGAUUCACCAUGGGAGAAGUAGAGAGGUAUGAGUCAGAAGAAGAGACAGAAACAAUGGCACCAGCCAGGCCAUUAGUCAUAUGAGGAGCAGAGAAGAGCAAUGUUUGCCUCUCUAGGGCCCUUUGUACACUGCUUCAGAGAAAAUAACAAAGCUCUUAUAUGAACCAAACCACAAUUUUCCUUCUGGGACCAGUGCACUUGUAUCACUUUCAAGCGCUGUAUCAAGGUACUUAGUGGCUCGGAGAAGACUCAAAUUCUUAUACAUUUAUAUCAAGCUUUCUUUCCAACAAACACUGCAGGAAAGAGGGGAACAUGAUCUUUGUAGAGGUUUGGAUGUAGAUUUAAACGACGGUAGUUGGGCACAUGCAGUGCUAUGGGUGGAAGCUGAUACUGACUUCCUCUGUUCUGUACUAUGGCCUGAAUCCAGAAGAAAGAAAUACCGAAAGACAUGCUUGGCACAUGAGUGCCCAAAUGGAUAACUUCAACUUGCCCUGAGCUUUUGACCUCAGAGUAGCUGAGAUAUU